AUGCUGGGGGAGAGGUUGGAAAAGAGGGAAGAGGCUGGGGAAGAGGCUGGAGGUGAGACUGGGGAAAAGGCUGGAAGUGAGUCUGAGGAAAAGGCUAGAGUAGAGGCUGGGGAAGAGGCUGCAGAAGAGUCUGGAGGAGAGUCCAGUGAAAAGGCUAGAGGAGAGGCUGGGGGAGAGGCUGCAGAAGAGUCUGGAGGAGAGUCCAAUGAAAAGGUUAGAGGAGAGGCUGGGGGAGAGGCUGCAGAAGAGUCUGGAGGAGAGUCCAGUGAAAAGGUUAGAGGAGAGGCUGGGGUAGAGGCUGCAGAAGAGUCUGGAGGAGAGUCCAGUGAAAAGGCUAGAGGAGAGGCUGGGGGAGAGGCUGCAGAAGAGUCUGGAGGAGAGUCCAAUGAAAAGGUUAGAGGAGAGGCUGGGGGAGAGGCUGCAGAAGAGUCUGGAGGAGAGUCCAGUGAAAAGGUUAGAGGAGAGGCUGGGGGAGAGGCUGCAGAAGAGUCUGGAGGAGAGUCCAGUGAAAAGGUUAGAGGAGAGACUAGAGGAGAGGCUGGAGGAGAGUCCAGUGGAGGGGAGGCUGAGGAAGCGGCUGAGGCUAGCCAGGACCUGUGUCCUGCAGGAACCUUCUUCUCCCAUCAACUCUGCAUGGAAUGUCCCUCAGGACACUUCUGUCUGGGUGGUGUGUGGGCUCCAAGAAGAUGCCCUGCAGGAACCUACAACCUCUACCCUGGCCGAGGGAGCGAGGAUGAUUGCAAAGCCUGUCCACCAGGCCUGGUCAGUGCUGAGGAUAGGGUGGACUGCAGGCUGUGUCCAGCUGGGUUCUCCUGUGAUCCAGACCAGGGGGUCCUCCUGUCCGUCUGUCCCACAGGACAACACUCUCCUCAGGGGGUGCUCCACUGCCUGCCCUGCCCCCUGGGGUCCAUCUGCUCCACCGGAUACCCUCAGAAGUGUGGGCCAGGCCAGGAACCCAACAGGAACCAGACAGAGUGCACUUCCUGUCCACCGGGCCUCUACUCCACGGUGUGCAGUGCCCAAUGCCAGACACACUGCUACUCCUGUGAAAACACCUCCUUGCCAUGCGGGGGCGGUGUGGCGCGUCGAUGGAAUCCUACAGGACAGCAACAUCCUGAGCUGUCUGAUAAGCCAAUCAUCUGCCCUCCUGGAACCUACAAGAACACUGAGGAGGGGCCUGCCUGCCUGGUCUGCCCCUUAGGACACUACUGUGUUGGAGGGUCGGCAGUUUGGUGUCCAGCAGGCUCCUAUGGUCCCAAAGAGGGGCUUCAGAGGCUGGGAGACUGCCCCCCAUGUCCUGCUGGGUUCUACUGUCUGGAAGGCAGUGAGAGCAGGCCUGGCUCUCACUUCCUGUGCCCCCUGGGGUACUACUGCGAGGAGGGCACCGCCACCCCCCACGGGUCACCUUGCCCUCCCGGCACGGCGGGGGAACAACUGGGCCAGACAAGUAGGACAGCCUGCAGGAGGUGUGCAGAGGGACGCUUCUGUCCUGAAGGCUCGGCAGGUCCAGGCCUGGCCUGUGCCAGAGGGAGGUUCUGUCCAGCUGGCAUUCUGGAGGAAGUCACAUGUCCUCGAGGAACCUUCACCCCUCACCAGGGGGCUAUCAGUGUGAAAGACUGUCUGAAGUGUCCAGGGGGGUUCUACUGCCCCAAGGGCACCAGUGACCCCAUGCCCUGCCCUCCGGGCACCUUUAACCCCCUGGAGGGGCAGGACGAGCUGGGCGACUGCAGAGAGUGCCACCCUGGCAGAGCCUGCACACAGGUGGGGCUCCGAGCCCCGGACCAGGACUGCAUGCAAGGAUUUGUGUGUCCUCCUGGCUCCUCCACACCCAACGCUCCGGCCAACGCCUGUCCUCCCGGGACGCUGAGCGACCGCACUGACCUGACUGAUCGCUCGCAGUGCCAACGCUGCCCGCCGCGAUACGCUUGCCUACGGGGCACUGGGGGGCUCCAGAGGCCACCACUCUCCUGCUUCCCUGGGCACUACUGCCCCCCCGGCACCAUGUUCCCCACUCAGCACACGUGCCCGGCAGGCAGCUGGAGCGGGCGCAGUGGCCUGGAGGAGGAGGCAGAGUGCCAGCCGUGCCCCCCAGGAUGGUACUGCUUGGCUGGAGCAGGACACCCCACAGGGAAGUGCAGCUCUGGGCACUACUGCCCCCAAGGGACCAUAUAUGGGUCCCAGUUCCCCUGCCAGGCAGGCUCCUACAGCACCAGGAUGGGCAACGGGCGGAGAGAGGACUGCCAGCCCUGUCCUCAGGGGUCCUACUGCAGGGAGGGCACCUCGAAGCCCACACCCUGCCCACCAUCCACAUUCCGCGAGCAGAAAGGAGGCCAGAGGCUGGAGGACUGCUCUGCCUGCCCUGCUGGCUAUUUUUGUCCCCUCCCAGCCACCGUCAACCCCCGUGUGUGUGGAGCUGGCAGCUACUCAGACGAGCGCUCGGUGGAGUGUUCCGCGUGUCUCCAGGGCCACUACUGCAGUAACGAGACCACCAGCGAGGAGGCCAUGCUGAGGGUCAUGGUGUGCCCCCCGGGCCUGCUCUGCUCCCAGGGCCUGGCCAGGGACCCCCAACGGUCCGCCACCCUCUGCCCCAGAGGGUUCUACUGUCCUGGGGGGGGCGUCGACCCCAACCCUGUCCCUUGUCCAAACGGGACCUAUGGCGGGCAGCCUGGUCUGCGUGAUGUGUCAGAGUGCGCCCCCUGCCCUGAGGGGAAGUACUGCUACUCCCAGCAGCCCCUGGAGGAACCAAUCACACAGCCUACAGGUGACUGCCCAGAUGGCUACUACUGCCCCCUGGGCACUGGGCACCCAGGCAUGUUCCCGUGCCAGUCUGGCCUCUACAGGAGCACGUCCCAUGGUCACAGUGGAGAGGUGUGUGUGCCCUGCCCUGCUGGACACUACUGUGACAGGCCUGGAACACACACUGCCACGCUCUGCCCACAGGGCUUCUACUGCCCCGAGGGCAGUUCUGCUCCAGAGCCGUGUGUGGAGGGCACCUACAGCCCCCGCCCUGCCCUCAAAGAUGUGUCCGAGUGCGCCCCCUGUGGUGGAGGUCGUUACUGCAGUGGGGUAGGCCUGACUGCACCCACUGGGGACUGUGCAGAGGGCUUCUACUGCAGAGAGAGUGCCACAUCAGCUACUCCAGUAGAUGGAGUGAGUGGGGCCUUGUGUCCAGCAGGCAGCUACUGUCCCUCUGGCUCCCCCUUCCCCUCCCCCUGCCCGCCUGGCAGCUUCAGCAGCAGCUCUGGUCUCCGCAGCCCCCUGCAGUGUGUCUCCUGCCCCCCUGGCUCCUACUGCCAGGACUCCAACAGCACCUCUCCCACAGGCCCUUGUCUUCCUGGUUUCUACUGUACGGGUGGCUCUGCAUCGCCUGUCCAGAAUGAGGCUGAGGAGGGCCACUUUGCCCUCCAGGGGGCGUCCAGGGCCCAGCCAUGCCCCCUGGGCACCUUCCAACUAGAUCAAGGCCAGUCGCUGUGCAUAUCCUGUCCAGCCGGCCAGCUUUGCAACCAGACAGGCCUGUCUCGGCCCCCCCUCUGCCCCCCAGGACAUUACUGUCCCCUGGGCACGUCCUCUCCCUGGCCCUGCCUUCCUGGUACCUACUCAGACCAGUCAGGAGGAGCAGAGAUGCAGCACUGCAGGCUGUGUGAGGCAGGCUGGUUCUGCAGCAGGACGGGCCUCUCUGCCCCCCAAGACCUCUGUGAGCCUGGGUUCUACUGCAGCGGGGGGGCCACCACCCCCACCCCGGUGGACCAGGUCUCUGGCGGUGUGUGUCCCGAGGGCUACGUCUGCCCAGCAGGAACCAGGUUCCCCAGAGAGAGGCCCUGCCCGGCAGGGACCUGGAGCACCCAGGAGGGGGCCCCUGGCCUGGACUCCUGCUGGCCCUGCCCCCCAGGACUGCACUGCAACACCUCUGCUCUCACACAGCCCUCCGGACUCUGUGCUGCAGGGUACUACUGUCAGGGUGGAGCUUCCUCUGCUACCCCAUCUGAUGGAGUGACAGGAGACAGAUGUCCUGCCGGUCACUACUGUCCCAUGGGCUCCACCGCCCCCAUCCCCUGCCCUGAGGGCAGCUUCUCCAACAUCACAGGCUCUGAGGAGUGUGAGAACUGCCCUCCAGGCAGCUACUGCCCCCCCGGUGAGGGCCUGCAGCCCUGCCCAGCGGGGUACUACUGCCUCGGGGGCAGCAUGGAGGGCAUCCUGCCCUGCCCCCCUGGCACCUACAGCCCCCAGCCAGGUCUGGGCCAGGUGGAGCAGUGUCUGCUGUGUCCUGCAGGGCUGUACUGCGAGGACUGGGGUCUGGCUGCACCUACAGGAGCCUGCCAGGCAGGCUACUACUGUCUGGCUGGGAUCAACUUCAGAAACCCAGACGGAAACAUCAGCACUGGAGUGGGAGGGGCCUGUCCCGAGGGGCGGUACUGCCCAGAGGGCACCAGCCUACCACGGCCCUGCCCGCUGGGAACAUUCUCUAAUAGCCUGCAUGUGAGGGAGGCCUCCGGCUGCAGCCCCUGUCCGGCGGGGCAGGUGUGUGGUUCUGAGGGUCUGAGCCGCCCCUCUGGGCCCUGUCCUGAGGGGUUCUACUGCCCCGGGGGGGGCAGCUCUGCUACAGAGCUCUGCCCCCCUGCUCACUACUGCCCCCCAGGGAGCGCCCAGCCUCUGCCCUGCCCUGCAGGCUCCUACACCAACCUGACAGGACACACGCUCUGCUCCCGCUGCCAGGCUGGCUACUACUGCCCUGGGAAGACCAGCAACUACACACAGUUCCCCUGCCCUCCAGGGUUCUACUGCCCCGACGGCACCAAGGACGCGACCCAGUUCCCCUGUCCCCGAGGCUACUACAACCCAGAGCCCAUGACCCAGACCCUGGACAGCUGCCUGCCCUGCCCCCCUGGUCACUACUGCGAGAAGGAGCGUCUCACCGUCGUGUCUGGGAGAUGCAAGGCAGGCUGGUUCUGUGUGUCCGCAGCGUGGAACCCACAGCCGUUUGACCUGGACAACUACACCAACGCCAACUGCCUGUGUCCCGCCACCUCCACUGGGGGGCGCUGUCAGGAGGGCUUCUACUGCCCCUCGGGCAGCUCUGAGCCCCUGCCCUGCCUGCCAGGCACCUUCUGCAACGUCUCAGGUCUGGCCCUGCCAAUGGGCCCCUGUUCUCCAGGUUUCUACUGCACAGGGGGGGCCACCCACCCCAGGCCCUCGGAUGGACGGACAGGCGGUAUCUGUCCCCCUGGGACAUACUGUGGUUCGGCUACAGGGGACCCAGAGCUGUGUCCAGCGGGUAGCUUCUCCCCAGUGGAGGGAUUGUCCAGACUGUCUGACUGCCAGCCCUGUCCUGCAGGCUCCUACUGCAGGGCUGCAGGCCUCCAGAGCCCCUCUGGACCCUGCAGCCCAGGUUACUGGUGCCCACCUGGUCAGACCCUGGCCACAGCGUGGCCAUGCCCAGCAGGACACUUCUGUCCCCUGGGUAGUGCAGCCCCUGAACCCUGCCCCUCUGGAAGCUUCCAGGACCGAGAGGGCCAGGCCGCCUGCAUGGUGUGUGAAGCAGGCUACUACUGUGACCUGAGGUUGGGGCUUGCAAACGCCUCCCUGCUGCGCCCCUGUCCCAAGGGGCACUUCUGCCCCCGAGGCACCUCCCUGGCCACUGAGCACCCCUGUCCUCCAGGCUCCUUCAACCCCAGGGAGGGCUCCCACAGUCAGGCAGGCUGCCUGAUCUGUCCCCCUGGUCUCUUCUGUCCCUCUGGAGGAGUGUCAGAACCUGCAGGUCCCUGCCUGUCAGGCUUCUGGUGCAGGGAGGGAGCGUCUUCGCCCAGUCCUGAGGACAGACAGGCAGGUUCCCUGUGCCCACCAGGACACUUCUGUCCCUCAGGCACCCAGGCCCCGAUGCCCUGCGCGGGGGGGUCCUGGUCCAACAGCUCUGGGCUGGGGGCACAGGGGGAGUGCCAGCUGUGUCCUGGAGGGUUCUACUGUGAUUCUACUGGUCUCACUGUCCCUGUGGGUCUCUGCAGUGGAGGCUAUUACUGCCUGGAGGGAGCGGUCUCCCGCACACCUUUGGGUGGCACCACAGGUGGGCCCUGUCCAGAGGGACACUAUUGUCCCCCAGGAACCACUCUCCCUGUGCCGUGUCCACCGGGGACCUACAUGACUGAAACACACGCCUCCCAGUGUGAGCCCUGCCCACCAGGCUGGUACUGUGUGACAGGCAAACUGCUGCUCUGUCCUGCAGGGUUCUUCUGCCCCGGGGGGGUGGGGUACGAGUGGGGCGUCUGCCCCGAGGGCAGCUACAGCCCUGAGCCCGGCCUGGCGACGGAGGCCCAGUGCAGACCAUGUGACCCAGGGCACUACUGCUCCAUCAGGAACGCCACCUCCGUCAGCGGAGAGUGCAGCGAGGGAUACUACUGCAAAUCUGGAAGCUCCUCCCCUCAGCCCCUCACACAGUCUGCAGGGGAGGGGGGCCCUUGCCCCCCAGGUCACUACUGCCCCCGGGCCACCUCUCAUCCCCUACCGUGCCCUUCCGGAACCUUCUCCAACCUCACCAAACAAGUCUCACAGGAUGACUGUCAGCCAUGUUCCCCUGGAUACUACUGCCAUGGCGAGGGCCUGACAACGCCCACGGGGGCAUGCUGGGAAGGGUUCCUCUGUUUGGGAGGGGCGGAGCGACCAGACAGCCCAGUAAAGGACCACAGAGGAGGACCCUGUCCUCGAGGUUAUUUUUGUUCUCCGGGUUCUGCAGUUCCACAGGACUGUCCCCAGGGAACCAUCAGCACAGAAGAGGGACUCGCAAUCUGCAGCCUCUGCCCCCAAGGUUUCUACUGUCCAGGUAACAGCAGCUCACCCUAUGAGAGCCAUGAGUGUCCAGCCGGUCACUACUGUCCAGCUGGAAGCUGGUCUGGGCACCAGAACCCAUGUCCUGCUGGGACCAUUAACCCCUACACCAGGAUGUCCAGUCUGACGGCCUGCCUGCCCUGCACUCCAGGCUGGUUCUGUGGCCCCCCAGGUCAGAGGUCACCAUCGGGCCCCUGUACCGCUGGGUUCUACUGUCUCUCUGGUGCCCUGUCUCCCUCCCCUGAGGACGGGCCAACAGGUGACCGGUGUCCUGGAGGUCACUACUGUCCCCCGGGGUCCUCCGCCCCCCUCCCCUGCCCCCCUGGCACCUACAGCAACCACAGCAGCAACACACAGCUCUCUGCCUGCCUGCCGUGCCCUGCAGGAUUUAUCUGUACCAGCAGAGGGCUCCCUCUCCCUUCUCAUCUCUGCCCAGCCGGCUCCUACUGCCCUCCCGGACACAACAGCAGCCUCCCAGCCUCCGUCCCCUGUUCCCCUGGGCACAGGUGCCCUUUGGGCAGUGCCAGCCAGGACCCAUGCCUACCAGGGAGCUAUCAGGACCUACCUGGACAGGCAGAGUGUCGGACCUGUCCUGCAGGGUCUUACUGCCCCGGCUACACACACCCCCACACCGGAGAGAGGACAGGGACUCACUCACCCCUGCCCUGCCCCAACGGACAUUACUGCCCCUCAGGUACCCGGGCCGGAGUGGAGCACCCGUGCCCAGCAGGUACGCUGGGUCCUGGGCUGGGCCUGCCUGGUGUGGCUGGCUGUGAGCCGUGCCCUCCAGGGAGCUUCUGCAGCUCUGCUGGCCGAGCUGUCCCCACAGGGCUCUGCUCUCCUGGCUACGUGUGCAUCCAGGGCUCUGUCUCCUCCCAGCCAGCAGGAGGCCCGACAGGUGGCAAGUGCUCUGCUGGGUCCUACUGCCCCCAGGGUACCAGUCACAUGCUUCCCUGCCCUCCUGGAACCUUCAGCCCUGCAACAGGUGGGCUGUCUCUGGCUGCCUGCCAGCUCUGUCUGCCAGGACAGUACUGCUCUGAACCGGGCCUCGCCGCUCCCUCCGGACCCUGCAGACCCGGGUUCUACUGUCCUGCUGGCUCCAGAACUGCCACGCCACGCCAGAACCUGACAGUGACAGGGAACAGAACCUCGGCAGCUCUGCCAGCUAAUGAGGAGAUUCCAGGGCGUAUCCAUGGAGACCUGUGUCCUGGAGGGCAUUACUGUGUUGAAGGCAGUGACCAGCCCACGCCCUGCCCCCCAGGCUCCUUCCUGAGCAGGCUUGGAGCUGAGGCAGAGGAGGACUGUGAGGCCUGCCCCCCUGGGUCCUACUGCCCCUCCUGGGGUCAGACCUCUGCUGACCUACCCUGUCCCCAGGGUUGGUUCUGCCCUCAGGGGUCAUUCUCUGGACAGCAGUCAGGCUGCCAGUGCCCGAGAGGUCACGCGUGCCCGUCUGGGAGUUCCGUGCCUGCAUCCUGCCCCCCUGGCACCCACCAGUCCUCCCCCGGCCAGCCCAGCUGCCUGCCCUGCCCUCCAGGUUUCUACUGUGAGGAGGGGGCCAUGGUGCCCACACCCUGCCCACCUGGCCACCUCAGCCCAGCCGUGGGCAUGACCUCCCUGGACUCCUGCUCCCCUUGCCCCCCUGGGUCUUACUGCAACAGCAGCGCUCUGACGGCCCCCUCUGGCCCCUGUGGUCCAGGAUACUACUGUCUCCAGGGUGCCCCAGAUUCAUCUCCAGUCUCCCAGUCUUUUGGAGAUGUGUGCCCAGCAGGACACUACUGUCCCCUGGGUAGCCAGUCCCCCAAACCCUGCCCUGCUGGGAGCUACCUCCAGGAGAGGGGGGCCUCCUCCCUGUCUCACUGCCUCCCCUGCCCCCCUGGAAUGUACUGUCCCAGCCCUGGCUCCUCUCAACCAGCAGGGUUGUGCUCCGCCGGCCACUACUGCAGGGGGGGGUCCGUCAGUUCCACCCCCCAGGCAGACCCCUCCCUGCUCAGCUGUCUGUGUGGGAUCAUGGAGAUGUUUAGCUCCCAGCCAGACCUCUGCUCCGGGGGGGACACCCACCCCCUCAAUGACACAUCUUGCCCCCUCACUUCCACUGGACCAGAUGGAGCUGAGCUGUGGAUGGAGGUGAUGACAGGGUCAGAGCAGACCAGGACAACUCCCAGCCCUCCUCCCAGCACCCUGGACUACACCUGUAUCAGCUUCAGAGGAGACAUCUGCCCCAGAGGUUCCUACUGUCCCCCCGGCUCCUCCUCACCCCUGCCCUGUGAGGCUGGCUCCUUCUGUGGGCAGACAGGUCUACAUGUCCCCUCAGGACCCUGUACCGCAGGGUUCUUUUGCCCCAGGUACUCUGCUGCCCCCCACACUGCUCCCUGCCCUCAAGGACACUACUGCCCCCGGGGUACGCCCCUCCCAGUACCCUGCCCCCCAGGAACCAUGAAAAAUUACCCAGGUGGCUCUACCAUGGAAGACUGCCAGCCUUGCCCUCCUGCUCUCUACUGCCCCCUAGCAGGCCUGUCUGACCCCAGCGGCCCCUGUGAUCCAGGCUACUACUGCCCAGGGGGACAGAGCUCACCUACGCCCAGACAACAUGCCUGUCCUGUGGGACAUUACUGUGAGGAGGGCAGCUCCAGAGAGAGAGCCUGCCCUCCAGGCAGCCACCAGCCCAAUGAGGCCCAAGACAGCUGUGAGUCUUGCCCUGCCGGCUACUACUGUCAGAAACAAGGGAUGGCCCGGCCCAGUCUAUGCGAGAGAGGAUUUUACUGCCCCGUUGGAUCAGCAAAUCAGCAUCCGUGUCCGGCAGGUUUCUAUGGCAACCACUCUGGAUUGGCUAGUGUAUCCGAUUGCCCCCCAUGUGACCCGGGGACAUUCUGUCAAGGAACAGGGCUGACAUCACCCAGCGGCCCGUGUGCUGCAGGCUUCCUGUGUCUGGGAGGGGCGUCUCAGUCCUCUCCUUCAGACAACACCACCGGCACUGUGUGCCCCCCUGGGUCCUACUGCCCUGUUGGUUCCUCUGCUCCAACACCCUGCCCCAAAGGCACAUUCAGUGAGCAGAACGGUCUCUGGGAGGCGUCCCAGUGUCGCAGCUGCAGCCCAGGGUUCUACUGCGCUGAGCAGGGCCUCUUGACUGGUACCGGACACUGUCUUCCAGGUUUUUACUGCCUGGAAGGCUCUCAGAGUGCAGCCCCAGAGCCAGGACUGUCUGGAGGAUUGUGUCCCCCAGGCCACUACUGUGAGAGGGGCACCAGCGUACCUAUACCCUGCCCGGCUGGAACUCAGCGGAACCAGACUGGAGGGAUGACCAGAGACGACUGUACCCCAUGUCCUGAGGGCUGGUUCCAGGAAGUUGCGGGCCAGAGGGAGUGUCUCCCCUGCCCUCCCGGGUUGCACUGCCAGACCCACUACACCAGGGGGAGCCCCAGCGGGGCCACUGGCCCUCAGCCCUGCCCAGAAGGAUACAUCUGUCCUGGAGAGGGCCCUGCCAGCCAGCCCCUGCCCUGCCCCAGAGGCACCUACAGCCCCGUCCAGGGCCUCACCACACCAGGUGAGUGCCUGCCGUGUCCUGCGGGCCACUUCUGUGGUUCUGAAGGCCUGGUCCAGCCCACUGGACCCUGCACUGCUGGCUAUCUGUGUGUGACUACAGCCACGGUGCCCAACCCCACUGACAACAGAACCGGGUCACCUUGCCCGCCUGGGUGGUUCUGCCUGCUGGGUCUUAGAGCAGGUGACUGCUGGGCUGGCUUCUACUGUGACCGCGGCUCCAGCCGACCCGACCAGACCCUAUGUCCCCCUGGGUCCUACUGCCCCGGGGGUUCCCCGUUGCCCCUGCUCUGCCCUGCCGGUACAUACAGCCCCAGGGCAGGCAACACUCACCCGGACAACUGCUCCUCUUGUCCUGCUGGACUCUACUGCCGAGGCCAAGGUGUGGUGCAGCCUGAAACGUGUCCGGUAGGUCACUACUGCCCCACAGGGCUCCCUCUGGGUACUGAGUUCCCCUGCCCCCCUGGCACCCUGCAGGCUGCUCCAGGAGCCUCCAGCCCUGGCCACUGUCUGCCCUGCCCCGCUGGCCAGUUCUGUUCCCUCCCAGGCCUCUCCCAGGCAUCAGGACCCUGUCAGGCCGGAUACUACUGUCCGCCUGGUGCUUCCAGCCCCAACACUACUGGAUACCAGGGCAACUCCAGCACCACUGCCUUCUGCCCCCCUGGCCAUUACUGCCCCCCUGGGACGGGCUCCCCCCUCCACUGCCCCCCCGGCUCCCUCUCCCCCUCCCCGGCCCUGCAGAGGCGGGAGGACUGCCCGCCGUGUCCGGCAGGACGUUUCUGCAGCGCCCCGGCCCUGGUGCUGCCUUCAGACACUGCCCAGUGUGACGCAGGGUACGUGUGUUUGGGCGGGAGCCCCACUCCGCGCCCUGUUGAUGGUGUCCAUGGUUACCCAUGCCCGGCGGGGCACAGCUGUCCUGUUGGCACGGCAACAGAGACACCCUGUGAGCCUGGGACCUACAGCCCCAGUCCUGGCUCCGCCCACUGCCUCACCUGCCCCAACGGAACCAUGUGCCCCUCCCUCGCUACCCAGAAUCCAUCGCUCUGCCCUUCUGGACACUUCUGUCCGGCCGGCUCAUCUCUGCCCCUGGCCUGUCCUCCAGGCUCCCUCAGUAACCAGACAGCAGCCUGGUCUGCCUCUGUCUGCAGGGCCUGUCCUUCUGGGGUAUACUGUAGCUCAGCUGGGGCCACAACACCGCAAGGCCCCUGUCAGCGUGGUUAUUUCUGCCAGGGCGGGGCAUCAGAACCAACCCCCGUCCACUCAGACAGUUUCCCCGGGAACGGACCCUGUCCCCUGGGUCACUACUGCCCUGAGGGCUGCCUCUCUCCCAAGCCUUGCCCUCCAGGCAGUGUCAGGAACAGCACAGGUGGUGUCUCUCUCGAGGGCUGCUUUUCUUGCCCUCCUGGGUGGUACUGUGCCAGAGAGGGGCUAUCCUCCCCCUCGGGUCUCUGUGCUGCUGGCUUCUACUGCCCAUAUGACUUCUCCUCCACCACCCCCUACGCUGUCCUCUGCCCCAAGGGCCACUACUGUCCAGCAGGUUCUCCCCUGGCCCUGGCCUGUCCUACAGGAGAGUACCAGCCAAAGCCUGGGUCAGAGCUCUGUGUUCCCUGCAGGCCAGGCUUCUACUGCGAGGAGGCUGUCGUAGGGGACCCCUGGCCCUGCCCACCGCACGCCUUCUGCCCUGCAGGCACCAUGGUCCCCCAGCCCUGUCCCAACGGCACGUUUACCCCCCCAGGCCAGGGGGGGCUGCAGGAGGAGAGGGAGUGCCUGUCCUGCCCCCCAGGGAGCUACUGCAGGGCUGGCCGUAUCCAGGCUGCGUGUGCUGAGGGCUACCUGUGUGCGUCUGGCAGUGCAGAGUUCACCCCCAGGGGGCUCCAGGCUGACUGGAGCCAGUGUGAGUGGGGGGAGCAGUGUGCCGGGCCUUGCCCUCCAGGGUUCUAUUGCCCUGAGGGCACAGUGAGAGCAGAGGCGUGCCCUGCCAACACCAUUAGAACUGCCCCAGGAGGGGGCAGUAUCCAGGACUGUUUGCCUUGCCCUCCCCAGCACUGGUGUCUAGCAGGUGACCCAGUCCUGCACCUGUGUCCUGUAGGCCACUACUGUGAUGGGGUGGUGGGGAUGGACCAUGGAGGAGGGGCAGGGCCCAGGCCGUGUCCUGUCCACUCCUACAGACCCUCCCCUGGGGCAGGCAGCAAGGGAGACUGCCUCCCCUGUCCUCCUGGAUACCAUUGCAACUCUACGGGUCUGUCAGACUACUCUGGCCUCCCCUGCCCCUCAGGACACUGGUGCAGUGGCACAGGCCCCUCCAUCCUCUGCCCAGGGGGCACCUUGAGGGCCCAGCCCGGGGCGGCUGAUCCCAGGCAGUGUGAGCCAUGCCCAGGGGGCAGCUACUGCCCUGACCCCCGGACCUCCGGCCGGCCCAACCUGGAGGGUGUAGCCUGCAGGGCUGGAUACCAGUGUCCUCCUGGUGCUCUCUCAGAAAGGCUGUGUAAGCAAGGCUCAUACUGUGGGCCACAGACGGCAGAUCCCACUGUGUGUCCUGAAGGCUUCUACUGUCCAGAGGGCUCCUACACCUACAAUUCUGUCAAGCAACUGUGUCUGUUCCCCUACUACUGCCCAGCCAACAGCUCCACCUUGCAGGUCUGCGAGGGGGGGUCGAUGCCCCUCAACACCAGUGGGCCCCGGGGCUCCCGGGAGCACUGCUGUGCCAUGUGUGAAGGAGGGUCAUACCGCCCCCGCCAGUCCCCCCAGCCCCACUGCCUGCCCUGCCCUCCAGGCUACCACUGCCCCCCAGGAUCAGAACGUUACCACGGUAACCCUUGUCCCCUUGGCUACGUGUGUCCCCCGCGCUCCCCCUCCCCUCUGCCCUGCCCCCCUGGUUCCUAUGGGAACCAGAGUAACGCUGGUCAGCUGGAAGACUGCCACCCAUGCCCGCCUGGAACCUUCAACCAUCUGCCAGCCCAGAGAGCCUGCUUCCCCUGCGGCAGCUCCUCCACCUCCCUGCCAGGCUCCUCCUCCUGCACCUGCAUGGGUGAGAAUCGCGCUUUCCAGCAUUCCGACGGGUCGUGCGUGUGCAGAACCGGCUUUGUCUUCUACGACGACUUGGACUUCAGGAGUUCCAGCGCUGACAGCCCUCAGGACUGUCAGCCAGAGGUGAACCGUCGCUGCUCCGGUGGGCAGGUGCGGCUGGCGGCCACCAGAGAGUGCGUCUCCCCCUCCCUCUACUCCUGCAAUACCACCUGUGGCCUCCAGGGGGGCUGGCUGGAUGUGGAGAUGGGCAUCUGCCAGUGUGAGAGAUACGUGUCAGCGGAGGAGCUGUGCGGUCUGUCCUGUCUGUCCAGUCUGCCCAAGCUGUCCGCCCAUCUCUCACCUGACGGACAGCUGCUGCUGGGCAUCCGACGGAGGGAGGAGAGGGUCGGGACCAGGAAAAUGGCAGAGGUUUUGGGUCCAGACGUCCAUGUCAACAACAUUGGAAACAUCCACUUUGUGGAGUUUGGUUCUGGAGGUGUGUUCGGUUGGAUUCUGACCAACAUGGUCCUCAUUGAUCGGUUCUUAUCAGAGCCAAUAGAAGUGUUCGGCGCAGGCUCCAGGCAGAGGAGAGACUCAGAGAGCAGAGGAGAGAGGGUCCUCCCCCGGAUCCCCAACCCCAUCGUCUGCCUUUCUUCCAAUGACAUGAUCAUCUUCCUGCUCACCAUCAACCACACUGAUCGAGAUAGCAGCCAUUUCCCUGUUUACCAGAAGGACCACCUGUUUAAUAGUAACCCAGGCUGGGACUACGGGCCUUUCAGAAGACUGGAGAUCUUGAUGAGACAAUCCCAGUUCAACUCUACCAGGUUUGCUCAUGUGUUCUCCGAGCCAGGGAAGUACGUGCUGCUGGAUAACGCUGUGUCUGAGUGGAGCGUGGUGGUGGUGGUCAGUGAGGAGGGCACGGAGUGUGACCCCAGGUCGUCUGUCUUCCAGCCCAUGACCCCAGCACUGCUGGUCAGACACGGGGUGGUCAAGCAGCACAGACUCAACCUUCUGCCAGACUGGGGGAUCAUAGUGGGUGUGCUGAGUGUAGUGCUGGUCAUGGUCCUGGUUGUGACCACCACUGUCCUGGUUCUGAAGCCUAACCGGGCCAGGCUGGUGUCCCAGGGGAGGCCCAAGCCUCGCUGGAGGAGCCUGGGUGAACCCUGCCGCCCCGUGGAGUACGUCUACAGCCAGGAGAGUAUGGACGCCCCAGGCCAUACCAGCGUGCUGGGCAGCAGGGGAGAAGGGGAGGGAGCAGAGACUGAGGAGCCUGCAGUCUGCCGAGGAGACCCUGGCGGCAUAUCUGGGCGGGUAGAGCUUGAGGAGUUCAACGUGAAGACACUGUAUGACAAAAUGGAGGACCAAAACCUCCACCUGGCCUCCCAGCUGGCGCGCCACCGCAAGGACACCCAACAGUUCUACAAGCACAUGUGCCAGCACACCGACGCCCUCAGGGAUGUGUUGGAGAACAUGGAUUCUAAGAAGCUGAGUCAGUUUAAAGAGCUGCUGGACCGUGAUGUCAUGCAGGGUAAAGCCUGCACCAAUAGCAAGAUAGAGGGAAGUAGUAGCGUCCAAUCAGCUCAGGCUGACCCCAGUGUGUUUCUACUGGGGGCUUUACUGCGGUCUGUGGAGGCGCUUCUAUACAGGCUGACAGGGGAAGCCUGGCAGGACCAGAACCAAUACCAGGACCGGGAUCAGAACCAGGAUCCGGAUCAGAACCAGGACCGGGGCCAGACCCUGGUGGGACAAGCACACUGUCACUCAGAGGGUGGGGAGUGUGAGCUUCAGGCUGGGUACACACACCCUGACUACACCCAGUUCUCCUCAGGUCACCUGACCCAGGCUGGACCAGGCCCAGGAGCUGCCUCUCAUGGCUCAGUGCACUUGCAGAGCACAGCUCUCUGCCUGAGUGACCAGGACCUGUCCAAGCUGGUGGCUGUGUCUCCUCUCUCCAGGACUCUGCAGGACAUCCAACACUCCCUUCAGAACCUCACCUCAGCGGAACCCGCCGUUGCCGAGCAACCAUCCCAAGAAGAGCAACCAUCGCCAGGACACCUGAGCCCGGUCGCCCUGAGCAACCUCUCCCCCCAGCACUGUGCCGUCUUCCUGUUUGGCUGCCAGGUCGUCCGGCUGCUCAGCUCCUCCCCCACAUUCCCGCCUGUCCUGCUCCUAUUGGCCAGAUCACUUCCUGCUUCCUCCCAUGAUGGCGUGCAAUUGGCCCACUGCGCAGGGGACUAUUAUUAUGACUCCUCCCACCAGGUGCUGUACCUAUCUGAGAUAACUCUGCAGGAUGUUGGUCAGUUUAUCUCCACCAUCCUGCAGGCUAUGGCCUACCUAUCUUCAGGUUCCAGGUGUGUGACAGGUCAUUCCACCCUGUCAGGUUCCAAGCCCCAGAGCUUUAUGCAGACUCUGCACAAGGCCAUUUCCGCCAUCAGCCGCCAGCUCUUCCACUCCUCUUUCACCAGCUCUGCCUCCACCCAGGCUAAGCCCCGCCCCUUAGAGGAGACAGGGAGGACGUUGGUGGAGGACUUCAUCAAUGUCAGGGUUCCCACGGAAACACAGUUCACAGAACAUCUGCUGGCGGCCAGGCUCCAAAAGUAUCACUACUUCAAGGUGGAGCAGCUCUUGAAAAGCCUCAGGCAGCCUGUUUCUGCGACCAGUGAGAAGGGUCCUUCUCUGCACACUACACCGGUUGAGAGGUCCUGUGUCGAGCAGGAGAUAGACCAUCUCAACCAUGUGUUCCUCCAGCUAAACCUGCAGCUCCAUAGCCACAUCCAGGAUGAGGCAGCAGGACAGCCAUCUCUGAGCCGCAGUGGAACAGUCCUGCUGGAGCUGAAGAGACAGUACAUCUCCCAGCGCCUGGACCAGCUUCACAGCCUCCUGACCCGGAUCUCCCAGAACCAGCCGGACCAGGCAGACCCAGACCCCCAGCCCAGGGACCAGGCACACCCAGCAGGCCCUGGGGAGCACCCCCACACCCCUGUCCUGCCUGGACACAGCCUGGACCAGGAGGAAUACAGUGGGGCCUUGUCUCCUCAGAGCCCCACCCAGGCUGGAGACAGUCCAGCCCUGUCUCUCCACAGUCCCAGCCAGGGGGCGAGCCAGGAGGUGCUGGGUGGUCUGGUUGCUGGGGGUCAUGAUCCCUGAGGCACUGAGAUGACUUGGACAUGCCCCUGAGAGGAGGAGGGCAGGCAGCCAAGAUGGCCGUACCAGGAAACUCUCACCUGGGGAUGUGGGAGACUGGGAAGGAGAAGCAGGGCUGUGUGAAGAGUCCUAUCUCUCAGUGUGCUACUGGGUGUUGGUGUGUUGCUGAAUUUUGGUGUGUAAUAUAGCCAUCCUUAUUAACCAAUAA